AUGCCCAGGGCGGCUCCGCCCCCCACAAUAGCCAGGAUACCAACAGCUCGCGAGCAUCCCGGGGGCCGCGCCUGUAUACAAUGCCCAUUGGCUGAAAGAAGCCCAAAAGCUGGAGGGCCGCACGUGCGAAAAGGACGGCCAAGCGGCCCUGUCGCUACUGCGAGGCGCUACCGUCUCGCCUAUCGUCAUGACGGGGGCGAGUUCGACCACAUCAUCCGGGACGUGGCCCACCCGCACCCGGGCCUGCACGCGCUGCUCACCUUCAGCGCCAUCGACAUCGCGGCGUUCUCGCCGCCGCGCCCCCCGGGGGUAGCGGCGGUGACACGCACGUUCGACGUGCAUCUCGACACCUUCAUUCGCGUCCUGGAAGUUUUCAUCAAGGACGGCAUGUCGGGCGCCUCUGCGGCCGGGGCCGACCGAGUUGGCCUGUUUUUCCGGGAGCUCUUCAGGAUCUCCGAGGACCUCCGCCGGUACUCGUCCCGCCACUGCAUCGAGUUCAAGGGCCGCGAGGCCGACGUCUUCGCCAAGUUCAAGCAAGACGCCAACCUCGAUUGGGCCGAUUUCGUCAGUCGUCUGACUACCGAAGCUAGCGCGCUCCGGCAGCGCAACACCCUCGCCCCCCCACCCCCCAAUACGGUGGGGGCGAUCCAAGUCCCGCAGUUCUCAAGGACGUUGGUCCUGAUUGCGGAGGGUACGGCUUCUUCGAUGGUGGGCCUCCUGCAGGGGGGUCUAGCCCGUCAACAACAGUCCAAACCGUCGUCCGCGAGCACCAAGCGCAAGGCUACUUCGCAGGGUCAACCUGCACGCACCCCCGUUGCCCCAGUCCCAUCCGCUGCCACGGCUCCUACACGUGGUCGGGCACGACCUGCACACGCCCGCGCGAGCGUGGGAGUUCCCCUUCCCGGGUCGGUGGCACCCGCUGUGUUUUACGGAACACAGGCAAAGGAUGGCCGGGGAGGCACGAGCGUCGAGGGGGAGCGGUUGGUCAACGCACUCACCUUCGGGUCUUUGGGAAGUGCUACCAACAAGGUGUAUCAAAGGAUGUGGAACACUUGGAAGGAGGCUCGAGCAGGGGCGGGUUCGGGCCCGUGGCUCCGCGAAUGCGAUGGGGUGGAAAGUGCGCUUCAGAAAUCUGGGCGGACCACUCGGGGCUCGUGCACUCGGAUUUUUGUCUAAGAAGAGGAGACCUGGGUUUCUUUUGCGGUCCGGUAAGGGUUGCAUGGGCAGACCGGAGGCAGGCUAGCUGAGUGGAAGUCACGUUCAGAGCGUCAAAAGCAGAUCAAAAACGUUUGGGAGCAACCGUUACUAGAUCGGGAGAAGGGUUGAAGGUGUUACUCGAUGUGUUCGAUCUGCACCCCGAGCUUGGGAGUCAUGCGCCGUUGACGCAAUCGUGGGCACAAGACAGGUGGAGGGUUAUUUCGUUGGCAGAGGCAUCGAGACACCUCAGGUUACUCGUGAGUGCGGCGGGUAGAGCCCCACAGAAGUAAGCGUUGCAUUCAGGAAGGAUUGGGGGGCCACGCACCUAGCAAGUAUGGGGGCGCCGAUAAUCCAGAUCCAUAGAGCCAGGAGGUGGAAAUCAUCGGCGUUUAUGGUGUACGUUAGGGCGGGGGGUGAAGGAGCAAAGUCUGUGUCUCAGGCCCUUACGGAACCCGAAGAGUGACCAGGGAGCGGUUCGGAGGAGUAGGUCAUCGGACAUGCUCAAUGGAGUAAGAUGUGUUUAGGCCAGAGGCCGAAACAAUAGUAAUGAUACUAGGGCAAUCUUGGGAAGUUUGCAACGGGUUAGUCCGAUAAGAAAACGUUGGGAGCAAGACGGCCUUUUACCUGCGCUCUCAAUUUGUUUCAUGUGUCUUGGUUAUUCUUUGGUUGCCUGCAGAAAAAAUAAUCCAGAAUUCUUAAGAAAACAUGAACGAGAAGAUUCAGUACGCAUUGGAAUCUGUGGUUUGUGGAGGCGUGUUGGAAUUCGGAAAAGCGGGGAUCGAAGAUACAUAGAGACAGCCCUCGUGUCAGAAAGGUUUUGGCUGGGCGAGAGACAAACAAGUGCAUUUGAGAGGAGAGGAGUAGCAGAGAUAGCAGCUUUGAAGAGCAGCAAACACGGAGUGCCGCCUAGGAUUUGAUCGAUUUUCCCGCCCACCCACACCUAUCACUCAAGAGAGGGGGGAGCAUGGGGGGGUCUAG